GGCCUGCACGGCAUCUACGGCGAGUGCCGCCGUCUCUACCCCGAGCAGCCCAACCCGCUGCAGGUCACCGCCAUCCUCAAGUACUGGUUGGGGGGACCAGAUCCGCUGGACUAUGUUAGCAUGUACAGAAACUUGGGGAACCCAGCGCUGAAUGUUCCUGAGCACUGGCAUUAUGUCAGCUUUGGGCUGAGUGACCUGUAUGGAGACAACCGCGUACACGAGUUUACAGGAACAGACGGGCCAAGUGGUUUUGGAUUCGAACUGACAUUUCGACUCAAGAGGGAAACAGGAGAGUCGGCACCACCUACGUGGCCAGCAGAGUUAAUGCAAGGCUUGGCCAGAUACGUCUUCCAGUCAGAAAAUACCUUCUGUAGUGGCGACCACGUGUCAUGGCACAGCCCUUUGGACAACAGCGAGUCUCGAAUCCAGCAUAUGCUGCUGACUGAAGAUCCACAGAUGCAACCAGUGCAGACGCCUUUUGGGGUUGUUACCUUCCUCCAGAUUGUCGGGGUUUGCACAGAGGAGCUGCACGCAGCCCAGCAGUGGAACGGACAAGGGAUCUUGGAGCUUCUCCGGACUGUGCCUGUAGCUGGAGGCCCUUGGCUAAUAACAGAUAUGCGAAGAGGAGAGACCAUAUUUGAGAUCGACCCGCACCUGCAAGAGAGAGUCGAUAAAGGGAUUGAGACAGAUGGUUCGAACCUGAGUGGAGUGAGUGCCAAGUGUGCCUGGGAUGACCUUAGCCGGCCUCCGGAGGACGAUGAAGACAGUCGGAGCAUUUGCAUUGGAACGCAGCCACGACGGCUGUCCGGGAAAGACACCGAGCAAAUCAGGGAGACUUUGCGGAGAGGGCUUGAGAUUAACAGCAAACCCGUCCUACCUCCAAUAAAUGCACAAAGACAGAAUGGGCUGAACCAUGACCGAGCACCGAGCCGUAAGGAUAGCUUAGAAAGCGAGAGCUCAGCAGCUAUCAUUCCCCAUGAGCUCAUCCGCACGAGGCAGCUCGAGAGCGUGCACCUGAAGUUCAACCAGGAGUCCGGGGCACUGAUUCCACUCUGUCUAAGGGGCAGGCUGCUACACGGACGGCACUUUACGUAUAAAAGUAUUACAGGGGACACGGCGAUCACGUUUGUAUCGACAGGAGUAGAAGGAGCCUUUGCUACAGAAGAGCACCCCUAUGCAGCACAUGGGCCUUGGCUACAGAUCCUGCUGACCGAAGAGUUCGUCGAAAGGAUGCUGGAGGACCUGGAGGACCUGACGUCUCCGGAGGAAUUUAAGCUUCCCAAGGAAUACAGCUGGCCCGAAAAGAAGCUGAAGGUCUCCAUCUUACCAGACUCCGUGUUCGACAACCCGCUGCAGUAGAGCUGGAUCCCCCGUGCCAUCUGGGAGAGCCACGUGACUGUACAUGACCCAGUGACUCACAGGCUAACAAAUGCAGUACAGACUAUUCCUGCACCUCGAAGGGACGGCCGCACAACCACUGCACACCCAGCCCAGACAGAACCGGACCACGUCAAGCCCCUUCCCUCCCCCCCGGCUCCCUGGGGCCGACCUUCCUAGGAGCAGCUGGCGCCCAUGGGAGGGCAACGGAUUGGGCUCCGGGGAGCCAGCGUGAGACCCCACUGCCUCGUCCGGCUGCAGAGCUCCCCUGCUGCAGCCCAGGGCGUGGGUGCCUUGCGCACACGCAGGCUGCCAGGUGUGAGCACGUAAUCCCCGGAUUAAAUGUUCUGUGCGCGAUGCCAGGAUCCCUUUGUUUGCUGAGCGCUCCUGCCUGCAGAGCUGCUCCUCUGCGCUCAGGGUUCUUCCUCUGUAUAAGCAGCCUGGGCUUUGCCGUGCGCUCAGCCCAUUGCUGAGAGGGGUGGCCCUGAAUCAAUGGCCAUUUUUGCAGUGGUCUUGGGACUCCAGCCCCAGGCUGAGGCCUUGAACCUUGCGGCUGGGGGGAGCCAGGCUGCGGCUGGGUCUCGGAGCAUAAGGCUCUGCAGGCUGCACCUAGGCAUGGAAGAGCAGGUCAUUAAUGGCAGCUUCAUUGGCGAUGGGCUGCAGGCCAUCACACUGGCCUGUUCGCUGCCAGGGUGGGGUGUUCUCUGGCCCUAAGGCGUCCUCCCGAGCUGGUGUUUCAGAGCAAAUCCCUCUCCUCUUAGUAGGUGGGUCCAGAUUUCUUCCCUGCCCUUUUCGACCUUCCAGCUAGCGUGGCUGCUUCUGUGGCCGUGUGAAGAGGCCUUCAGUGAUCCUAACACCCUGAUGCAACAGCCAAAACUCACAUGGACCUUGUCAUCGCUUCUAGUUUCAGGUUCCUUUGGGUAGAGGGGGAUUUUGUUAGUCUUCGCAGUGCUAUUCGGGGCUGCUUGAUGCUGGCUGAGGAGCAGUGUAGGAGCUAGGAGUUUGCCUAGGACUUGCUGGGAGGGGGUCCCGGCACAGCGGAGCCGGUGUUCCCAGGAGUGUCACUGGCAGCUCUUGAGGGAGGCACACUCCCUGGGCACAGAAGGGCUUUGCAAAUAUCUGGGUCCCAGCCCCAUGCUGCUUAUCAGCAUGUCCUGGGUCCAGCGGAGAAGACAGGGACUUGAUAACAGCACUUGAGCUCCGAGGAGCAUCUCAAAAUCCUGCUUCAAAGAGCACCACUUCGAAUGUGCACGUGCCAGCCAGCACGUGGCGGCGACAGCCUUCACCUCCUAGGCAUACUUGGCUGCAGUCACUGUCCCGGUUAAUAGUCUGUGUGUGCCCGUGCUCUCUCCUGCAUCGUGGGCCCACAUCCAGGGGCCCCAGGGCAGAGAUCGGCCUGAAUAUGUCCCAGCCUUGCCCCCGGAUCACGGUGGAAGAGAACGAGCAGUUGUAUCUGGGUCCAGCAGGGUGAUGGGCACGUGGGCAGUUGGAGUCGUGCCCUUACUGCUGAGCUCACAUGCAUGGCAGCCCGUAAUCGCACCAAAAGAAGCUGAUGGUUCGCAUCUCCAUGGAAAAGCAACAUGAGGACAGUCAAGUGCUGCUGUUCCCAGGGAUCACCAGGGGCAGACCGUCGCUAAGCUCGGUGCCACUCUGAGAGCUUGAAAUUUCCUGCCCUAAGUCCCCUGGGGCCACGUGAACCUUUCUGCAAGGCAGCCAAGCACGUGCCACACGUAGGUGACGUUCCUCCUCCCGGCAGGGCUCCUCACUUCUGCCUCUCACACGCAUGUUGCAUCCAUGCUCAUGGGUGGAGGUCGUGGCUGGACCCACCGUGCGCCUCGGAGACUCCCGCAUGCUACACAUCACAUCUGUAGAUCAGUCCGGCACAUGAUGUGGUCAGCUGACAUGUGACCGGUGUCUCCGUGUCCAAGACAUUGCCUCGCAAGCCCUGUUCGUCCCGCCUUGCCAACAGCCCAGUCACGCUAUGUCUCCACGGGUGAACUUGGGAUCCUCCUACGUCGUUUAGAAGCUAAAAUUGCUGCUAAGAGGAGACUCUCCAGCCUGCUGUUGACCGCUGACCGGGCUUUGCAGGCGAGGGCAGCCUGCAACUCCAGGAUCGCACUCCUGUCUCUUGAUUUUAGAGCAAGGAGGUUGCAAGUUGAUCAGUAUUUCAAGGACUCUUCCCCCAGUGCUCUCCUUUCCUCUUCUUCCGUUGAAGCCUGCAGCUGUGCCAAAGACUUGUUCAGUUGGCAAGAGACCUGGAUCUCAAAUUCCGACAUACUUGUAGCCAGCUUUUGUCUUGGUCAGUGGCCUGGAGGAGGGGGUGUGUGUGGAGAAAGAGCCCCCUGGAGACUUUUCUUUUAACGAGUAAACGGUAUAAAAAGGGCAAUGCGCUGGGUGGACCCUGCGGGGGUUUUCCAAGCCGGGCUGGCUGAGAACAGCCGCUCCCAUCCUGCCGCCUUCGUACAUUCGUUCGGAGAUCUGCGACCUGGAUGCCACAAAACCCAAAUGGCCGCAGACGGCACAUUAAUGGCAUUGGAAAUGAAACGGCGUGGCGUUUCCUCCUCGUUGAGGAAUCCCCGCUCCCCCGUAGUCUCCUGGCUCCCCUGUCGCAGAUGCUGCAGAAGCCCGACACCGGAGACCCGUGGGGUUGCACAGAGCAAGUGCCCAGCGUAAAACACCACGAAUAAAGAAGGGAUUUUAGUUUAAUCUGUAUCAAAACUUCAUUUAAGAUUCACUGAGCGAGCAGGAGCAUUCACCUGACAUGAUGCUGUCUGUGAACUGUGGUAGCAACGCAAUGACAAGAGCAACGAUGUGGUUUUUUCCGGCUCGGUCUUUAAUCGCUAACGGGGUUUGCAGAAGUUCCUGCUGCUUCUGUCCUGCCCCCAGGUGCAAACCUGCGGGCUCAAUAACUGAGCGAGCCCCACUUCUUGUGCGGGUUGCUCCCUCGGUGAGACUGGUUGCCAGCCCCUGCCCGGGGAAACUCUUCCAGUGCCUCUGAUUUCGAGACCUUUCUCCUGAUCUUCUUUUUCUCGGGGCUUUUGUUGUUAGAAAGAUCAGGUGAAAAAGGGACCUUCAUUGCUACCCGCUCUCUGUACCUGGUGUCUGUGCCCAAAGUCAGAGCCGGCCUUGGGGCCUUGUAACUGCGGUGCCUUAGCUCUCGUUUGAAUUCAACUCCAGGAGCAGCUCAGCUGUAAAGCGGCAGAGCUGGCUCUUCCAUGCCCACACUCCUCUUAAUAAUCACCACGAGAGUGGAGGGGAAAGGUUUCCCCAGAAAAGUGUCUAAAUGUUGAUGGCUUUGGCUCCGAGGCGUCGCAUCCUGGCAUCUGAAGCCUAAUUUAGGUCAUCGGCGCCCUUGCAGUUCUAGCAAGCUCAGUAGCAGCCGAUUGCCUUCGUAACCUUUUCCUAUAAUCGCGGUGUGUGCUCUUCCUGGACCCCCUCCCCUCCUAAAGCUUCAUUCAACGCGAGUCCAAAAUUUCAGAUGGAAAGCCAGCCUGCAGGUGACGGAGGCCUGACCUGCCCUGUGUUUCUCAGGCGAUUAACUGGCGUGCAAUGCACUUCCUCAUUUCCAGCGCGACUCUGUUUCUUCCGAAAUUGCUUAGACGGUCGAAUCGCAGUCGCGCUCAGCGGCACGUUCGCCGAGGAGCUUCGUUUUGAGCUUCCCACCAAGGCGCCUGUUUCCCCUGCCACGUAACGGGAGGUGGCCAAAGCAUUCAGCAGUCGCGUGCACCUCAUUAUUCCCGGCGGCGGUUGGGGGUCCCUAAUAACAGUGACAUGGUUGCAGAGCACACCAUGAAGCACCGCUGUGUUUUUUAAAUCGCUCCAAAUCGUUUUCUCUCCUUUUUGAAGGCGCUGUAAGAGCCGCUCUUCGCGGCUGAUGGCUCCGUCUGACGAGCACGGCUUUCUCCUCCCUGAGCUCUGCUUUUUCCUAGCAAAGCCGGGAAUCCACAUGGCUUCUUUGUUCCUUUCCCGGGGCCCAGGGACAGCCUUGUUGAGUGCAGCUCCCUGAAUAUUGUCUUGCUGCAGCGCAGUGGCAGGUAGGAGGCUCCUACGGAUGCACGCCCAGGGGCUCUUAGUUGCUGGAUAGGGACGGGAUCGGGGCCAGGGACAUCUCUGUCUCCGUGCUGGGCCUUAGAUCCCUUUUACCUUGAGUGUCACCCGAGGCUCGCACCUGCGUGGGCAAACGAGAGCCCAGCUGAGGGCAGGAAGAGGGGGAAGGCAGGUGACCGUGUCCUCCAGGCACAGCUGGAAGGCGCUGCCCUUUCAUCCUUGUCCUUUGGAUCUCGUUCAGCACUGCCAGACUCGUGACCCCCCGGCCCAGGUACUCACCCAGCAGCCUUCACGAGCAAAUCCAGGCCCGAGCCCUCUGCCCUUCUUUGAAAGUCCCGGUAGGUUUGGAUUCAAGCGCGGUCGGGAGCAGCGAGCAGGGUGCGUAGAGGAUGAUUAGCCAUAUUCACACUCCAGACGGAGGAAGGGAGCCGGUUAAAACCCUUUUCUCUCCGGUGACCCGGGUUGGGUACAAAGGCUUUUUCCUUCCCUACCAAGCUACCUUUAAAGGGAUAGAGCUCGUUGUUGUGGAUGACACUAACCCUGUCCUGUUCCGGCCGCGCUCGGGCUGGAUCACCUCGGCCGUAACGAGGGUUUCCGACGUGAGCGGACCCAGCCCGAACGCUGGCCGCCGGGGUUGCUCCCGCAGCUUCCAGCCAAGGUGAACCUUUUUGUAGUUCAUCUGUUUCGCGCGCGUGUUUCUUACUAGGAUCCUAAGGACGCUGCAGACUCGGCGCGGAAGGAGCCAGCGUGUCGGUCCUUUGUAGUUGGCCUUUUUUGUUUUGUUUUUUACAGAAGAGAGAGACGGAGGUGGAACUAGCCGAGGCUUUGAACUAUUUUCUAUUAGUUUCUAACGUCGGUUCCUGCCCUGGCCCGGUGGCGCCGGGCACGGCUCCCCCGCACGCGACUUUUGUAAUAUUUUUGUGACUCACUAAACGUUUUCUCUUCUCGUGUAUUCCAAGUGCAUUAAAUGUAUUUGCAUAGCGGUGUCCUCUGCU